AUGGCAGUUGCAAGGGUGUUUGGAGAUUGGGAUAUUUCAUAUCAACUGCUUCCAAAAUGGAUGCAUGCUAUGUGUGAAAUAAAUCCCGGUACAAAGGUGAAGUGGGCGUGGACAGAAAUCCCUGAUGCUAACAACGCUGCUAUUUUGACAUGUGUGUUUUGGUCAUUUGCAGCAUCAAUAGAGGGAUUUCAUCAUUAUCCUCCAGUUCUCUGUGCGGACGGAACGCACUUGUACGGCAAAUAUAAAGGUAAAUUAUUAAUUGCAACGGCCCCUGAUGCAAAUCAACAAAUAUUUCCAAUAGCGUUUGCCAUCAUUGAGGAGGAGAGUUUGUGCACAUGGUCCUGGUUCCUUAAGUGCAUUCGGGAUGAAGUGACCGAUCGCGAUAAUUUGUGUCUUAUAUCAAAUAGACAUGUUGGUAUUCUUGCUGCCGUUCGUCAGAACGAUGACUGCAACUUCAACCAGAGGGUGCACAAUACAAUGCUCAAGCGGAUGGUUGAAAUAGCUGGUAGGGAGCACCAAGUUAGGAAAUUCAAUAGUAUGAUGGAAAGAAUCCUAACAGAGGGUGGGCCAAUUGCAAAGUCCUUUUUUGAAGAGAUACCUCCUCACAUGUGGACGCAAUGUCACGAUGGUGGUCGAAGGUACGGAAACAUGACCACAAAUCUUAUUGAAUGUUUUAAUGUCGUCUUGAAAGGAACUCGUAGUCUACCAAUAACGGCCAUUGUCCAGAUGACAUUUUAUCGCAUUGCACAGUACUUUAGUGCCCGAUGA